CUCACUUUAUCUCAGCCCAAUACACUUACAAAACGAAAGCGAAAGAAAGAUAUUACCAUUUCAGUGAACAAGAGUCAUUUCUUUCUAUUUUAUGUUUCCCACUGGCCCCGGAACACGCUGAUCCUGGAAGAUAUUAUUAUCGAGAUCAGCUCGAGUUACAAAAAGGCGCAAAAGAGGAGAGGAGAAAUCAACUCGGUCACUGAAUCCGACGACGGGCCCUUUUCAACCCGCCAUUUCGAAAAUCUCACCAUCCUUCGAAUCCCAACAAACUGUGCCGACGAGAUGGAGGGCGCAGCGUUAGAAGAGCAACAAAAGGCGCCGGACUCGUCAUCGACCUCCCCGACGGUUGUCGGCCCUGCAGCCCCCCGGACUAAGACGGUAGACGAGGUCUUUGCGGAGCUGCAAAAGUCGCCCCUGUUCAUGACAGAGCUGGACGAGGAGAGCGAGCACGUGGCGGCGCUCCAAGCUCUCGCCUACGAGGGCACGCCGCUUGAGAACGCCGUCAGCUUCAAGGACCAGGGGAACGAGUGUUUUAAGUUCCGCCGCUUCGCCGACGCGCGAGAGCAUUACACCAAGGCCAUCGAUCUGCUUGCGCCGCUCGAUCGUCUGCGCAGGAAGGGGGAGACGACGACUCACAAGGAGACGAGAAAGGAGAAGCAGAAGAGGGAGAGGGAGAGGGAGACGACAACGACGACAACGUCACCAGCCGAGAACAAAACAGGAGCGCCAGAAACGGAAGAGGUGGUCGAAGUCGAAGUCGAAGUCGACGUCCCAGACUCGGAAGAAGACAUCCGACAACAACUCGCAGCGCUAGAAGCCCUGUACGCGAACCGUGCCGCCUGCGCGCUGGAACUCCGAAACUACCGCGCCUGCUGGCUCGACGGCGGCCACGCCCUGCGCAUCAACCCGCUCAACACCAAAGCCUACUUCCGCUCCGCCCGCGCCCUCCUCGCCGUAGGCCGGCUCGACGAGGCCGAAGACGCGUGCGCCCACGGUCUCCGCGUCGACGGCGCCAACAGCGCCCUGCGCAAAGCCGCCGCCGACAUCGCCGCCGCCAAGGCAAACGCCGAGGCCCAACGGCGCGCCGAGGAGGAGCGCAAGGCGAGGCAGCGGAGGAAGGCCGCUACCCUGAGGGCGGCGCUGGCGGCGAGGAACGUCCGCACGCGCAGCACGGGGGCGGACCCCGAGAUGGGGGAUGCGCGCGUCAAGCUCGUCCCCGACGAGGAAGAUCCGCGUAGUUCUCUCGUCGUGCCGGUUGUUGUCCUCUAUCCGCUCGAGCUCGAGUCGGACUUUGUUGCUGCUUUCGGGGAGGCGGAUUCUCUUGGAGACCAUCUUGGCUAUAUGCUUCCCCCGCCUUGGGAUGGCAAGGGGGGGUACGCUUCCGUGGACCGGGUGGAGUGUUUUGUUGAGAAGAUGGGUGGCGGGCUUGUCAAGUGGGGGAAGCGCGUGCCGUUGUUGAAGCUUCUCGGGACGGGCAAUGUUGAGAUUGUGGACGACGUUUUGAAGGUGUUUGUCUUGCCCAAGGAGAAGGCUGCUUCGUGGGUAGAGGAUUACAAGUCAAGGACGGCUGCCAGGACGUGAAAAGAAGGGGUUAAGUUAACUAAAAGGAUUUCCACUUGCCGCCGACUAUCAUGUCGAUAGACAUCUUCACUUCAACAAUUCUCCAAACUCCGGUUUUCCUUAACAGACAGCCAAUCUC